AUGGGAGAAACUGGUGUAAUAAGAAAAUUAGAUGAAGAUGUAGUAAAUCGCAUAGCAGCGGGAGAAAUAGUACAAAGGCCAGCCAAUGCUUUAAAAGAAUUAAUGGAAAAUAGCUUAGAUGCAAAAGCUACCAACAUUGUUAUAACAGUUAAAGCAGGAGGGCUAAAAUACUUACAGAUACAAGACAAUGGCACUGGUAUAAGAUUUGAGGAUCUAAAUAUUGUUUGUGAAAGAUUCACAACAUCAAAACUACGGGAAUAUGAAGAUCUGCAAGUUAUUGAAACUUAUGGGUUCCGAGGUGAGGCGUUGGCUAGUAUAAGUCAUAUAGCGCAUCUCACUAUUCUUACUAAAACUGAUGGCAGUAAAUGUGCUUAUAAGGCAUCAUAUGAAAAUGGAAAACUCAAAGGACUUCCAAAACCAUGUGCAGGCAAUAAUGGUACACAAAUAACCGUUGAAGAUCUGUUCUACAAUGUGUUAGCGAGAAAGCGUGCUUUGCGUAGCCCUAAUGAAGAAUACACACAUAUAAUGGAGGUUGUGGGAGGCUAUGCUAUUCAUAACAGCCAUGUUGGGUUCACCUUGAAGAAAUUUGGUGAAAAUAUAGAUAUAAAGACACCAAUAAAUUCUUCUGCUGUUGAGAAUGUUAGAAUUAUACAUGGCAAUUCAAUAGCCCGAGAGCUUUUAGAAAUAGAAUUAAAAGAUGAAACACUAAAGAUGUCCGUUCAUGGAUUCAUCACAAACGUCAAUUAUUCAAAUAAAAAAGGCAGCUUACUUCUAUUCAUCAAUCAUCGACUGGUGGACUGUGUAUCAAUACGAAAAGCAUUAGAUGCCGUAUACUCAACAUAUUUACCGAAAAAUGCGCAUUCCUUCGUCUACCUCAGUAUUGAAUUAGACCCUCGUAAUGUAGAUGUGAACGUGCAUCCAACAAAGCAUGAAGUUCAGUUCCUGUAUGAGGAACAAGUUGUUGAAAGGAUUAAAUGUUGUGUGGAGAGCAAACUUAUCAGCUGCAACUCUUCUCGGGUGAUGUAUACGCAGGCACGACUUCCGGGCGCAACUGCUGUUGAAGAAAUCGUUAAGAAAACAACUGAUGGCGCUAAAGUGUAUGCGAAAGAUUUGGUUCGGGUUAAUUCAGACACUCAAAAAAUCGAUAAGUUCUUUCAGAUCGCCGUCAAAAAUGAUGAAUGUCAAAAUCAAAUUAAAAAUAUUCACAAAGAAAUGGAAGCUGACGUAGAAACACGUGAAAACGACAAAGAAAGAACAGAUAUACGAAAUGAAACAGAAGUUAUUAAUCCGGAAGAGAACUCUGAAUUGGACAUCGAAAAUUUACCAAAAGAGGUCGAAAGAAGUAGAUGGAAAGAUAUAAAUAUAAAUCAGGCAAAUCUAAGUUACAUAGAUCCAAAGGAAUCGUUCAAAACGAGACAGUUCAAGUAUGAGAGGGUAGAAACGAAAUUGACGAGUGUAAAACAAUUGAGGGUAGUCGUAGAAGAUAGAGUUAGUAGGAAUUUGAGAGAAAUUUUGGCAAAUUUAAUCUUUAUAGCCUGCAUUGAUUGUCACAAGUCGCUGAUUCAACAUUCAACGAAGUUGUAUUUGUGUGACACAACUAGGAUUUCUGAAGAGCUAUUUUACGAAACGAUAUUGUACGAUUUUCAAAACUUUGGACUUAUCAAGAUGUCCAACCCACUGCCCUUAGAAGAAUUAUUUGUUUUGGGACUCAACACCAAUGAGAAAGAAUGCAAAGAUGAAGGUGAUAUCAGGGCAAUGGCGAAAGAAAUGACAAAGCAUCUACUGAGCAAAAAGUCGAUGCUGUUAGAGUAUUUCUCAUUCGAAUUAAAUGAUGAAGGAGAAUUGUUGGCUUUACCUUUACUUCUUGAUGGCCACACACCCUUCAUGGGCGCACUACCAAUAUACCUCGUGCGACUAGUCACCGAAGUCAACUGGGAUUCUGAAAAAGAAUGUUUCGACACACUUAGCAGACAAACAGCAAUAUUUUAUUCCCAGCCGAACCCUGACGAUAAUGAAAACGUGUUGAAAACGGAAUUUUGGAAACAGGAACAUAUAAUUUUCCCAGCGAUAAGGCGGUAUUUCCUCCCACCAACUAGCUUUGUUGAUUCCGGUGCGAUAUUACAAAUAGCCAGUUUAAGUGAUUUGUAUAAAGUGUUUGAGAGAUGCUGA